CAGCGGCGCGCUCCCACGGCUACCGCAAGGGGACUCCGACGAGGCAGCUUGCAGCGACCGCUUGCACGACAAUAUAAGUCGAAACGGGCGGUGGUUUCCGACGCGUCGAGCAGUCGGGGAUGAGCAAGAACGGGCAGCGGGUCGCAGACCUCGUGCGCGGCUCGCCCGAGAACAUGGCCUGCGCCGACUGCGGCGUCACCUUGACGACGGCCUCCGAUGCGACGUGGGCCGCGCUUACCUUUGGCGCGUUCGUGUGUCUCCAGUGCGCUGGCGCCCAUCGGCAGCUCGGUGUCAACAUCUCGCGCGUCAAGUCCGUGCACAUGGACAGCUGGACCGACGACGAAGUCAAGCGAAUGCUUGGCAACCGCGCGGUCAACGCGGUCUACGAGAAGCACCUGCGCCCGGACGCCAAGGCGACGACGCGCCGCGCGCUCCAGUGCAAUGCCAUGAGCCGCGACGACUUUGUGCGCCUCAAGUACGAGGCGCGUACCUUUACGACCGACGCCGGCCGGGCGUUUCAAGGUCCUACGUCCGAGAAGACUGAGCGGCGCGGUGCUACGACCAGCGGCUCGAUCGUCGAAGUGUCCAAGCGCUUUGUCAACUACUUUGUCGUCGUCGGACGCGGCCAGGCCGUCCUCGGCAAGCCGCUGGGCGAGAAUGCGAGCCCGAGCGACGUCCAGUUUGUCCCGACAAUCCUCGACAGCUUCCCGGAUGCGCACGCCGAUGCGCCGUUGCCGAGCCACAUUUCGCAGUUUGCGUUUCCAGAAGGUCUGGCGCUCAGCCCAACCCACAUCACCCCCACGUUCUUUACAUUUGUGUUAACCAACGUGAGCGGUGCCAAGCUUUAUGCAUGCGCACUCAAGUUUGUCGAGGAGCUCUCACCGCUUGAAGUGCUCACCUUGUUUGCGCCGCCGCCCGGCAGCGAAAAGUCCAAGGCGCCCGUCAUUCCAAAGUGGGCGCAAGACCUCUCGUCCGGGUCGGCGUCGACCACGUCCGUCUACUGCCCCAAGUGCCUCUUACUAAUCUCGCACCACCCGCUCUUCUCGAGCUACCGCCUUUUCCUGCAGCAGAUCUAUCGACUCUCGCUCUCGACGGCGCCGAUGCCAAUCGAGCGCUACAUUGCCAACUUUGUGAGCGAGGUGCCCAUGCCACCGCGGGGCCGCAUUCAGGUCCAGCUCACGCUGCCCGAGCGCACGAUCUACAUUGCCCGGCCGCCAAAAAACCAACUGCCGCUCGCCGACUUUUCUCUUCGGUCGCUCUUCCAAGUGCUCGAUAUGAACAACGUGUUGACGGUCGUGGCGUGUCUCUUGCUCGAGCAAAAAGUGGCGCUCUGCUCCAAGCACCUUGCGCUACUGACGCCGAUCGCCGAGACCCUUUUGACGCUGCUCUUCCCGCUGGCGUGGCAAGGCGCGUACAUCCCCGUGCUCCCGUCGUCGCUCCUCGACGUGAUUGACGCGCCCGUGCCGUUCCUUGUCGGCGUGCACUCCAAGUACCUCGCGACAGCCAGUCGCUCGACCGACGUCUUUUUCAUCGACUUGGACCACAAUCGGAUCAUUCCGCCGCGCAAUGAAGACGGCAUUGAAACUGUGCUGCCCAAGAUGCCGGAGCGUGCUGCAACAAAACUCAAAGUCAAACUCCAAAACUGCGCCAACGUGUUUGAUCCAUUUGCACCCGAGAUUGCCAAGGCCGACUGGGCGUUCGGCGGCGACGAAUACCUCGAGCCCAUCACAGAUUUCGCCUCGUCAGGCAUGACGCUGCCCAUGCCAUCCGCGCCAAGUGACGUCGUCGCUAGCCGCAAGGGCAGUCUUGGCGACAAGCGCACGCUCUCGGCUGUGUCGGCGGCGUCCCUCACUGCGUCGUCGUCCCUCUCGCAGUACAGCAGCCUUCACUUUAGCUCGUUCAAGCUUCUCUCGCACACGAGCUCGUCGGCGUCGAUGCUCGAGCGUGAUCGGUCAUUGUCGUCGUCGGGUGCCGACGGUCUCGUGCUGCCACCGACGCCGUCGCCCGGUGCUGGGUUUGUGCCCGACCAAGUCCGACAGUCGUUCUUGCGCUUCUUCAUUUCCAUGCUCAAGCGCUAUGCGUCCUACUUGAACAAUGACAGCAGCAAGACCAACACGGCGCCCAUCUUUGAUGCCGCCGGCUUCUUGCGCGACAAUAGCGACGCCGCGUCCCGGCCGUUCCUGAGCGUCAUGAUCGAGUCCCAGAUGUUUCAGCGCUUCUGCGAGGACCGACUCUUCAACCCGACGCUGCCCGAGGUUGUUUUUUUCGACCAAGCUAUCAACCAAAAGUUGAACCGGUCCUUGUCGCUUGGGAAGAAGAAGCACGACGUGAGCUUUCUCGAAGACAAGACGGACGUCAUCCGGGAGACGUUCGUGGCGCCGUCGCCGUCGACGCUCGGCCUCCCCGACAAUGGCGCCGUGUACCACUACAAGGCCUUUCCACGGCUCAAAAAACACCUCUUUGGGACGAUCCGCAAGCCGCGCGAGCUCUACGCUGCCCGAGAGCAGCAGCGCUUUGUCGCGCCCGUCGACGUGCACCAGCAAAUCUACCGGCUCAGCACGUGCGUCAAGGACACGGCAGCCACGUGGGAUGCGACGCGCCGCCUCGUCACGCGCUUGCAAGCGUUCUACCGGUCGUAUCGCCAGCGCAGUGCGUACUUGCGCAUGCGCCGCGCCGUACUCUGCAUCCAGCGGCACCUCGCCGCACGGCUCAAGCGCCAACAACUCCAAGCCAGCUAUCGUCGCCUGCGCGCGGCCAUUACGUGUCUUCAGGGCCGCUUUCGCAUGGUCGCUCAGCGCGCUGCGUACCAGCGGCAGCGACAAGCAUUGUUGCGCCUGCAGGCGUUUGGAAAGCAAGUGGUGUACACGCGGCGGCUGCAGCGGCUGCGCCAUGGCAUCUUGCGGCUCCAGGCACGAUUCCGAGGCCAGCAGCAGGCCCGCGUCUUUGGUCGCAUUCGCGCCGACGUGGUUCGCCUGCAAAGCGUCUUUCGCGGCGUGCUGACGCGCAUGGCGUCACUCCAGUGGCGCCAAGAGCUACUGAGCACGUACCGCGACACGAUCUUUGAGUUGUGGCAAAAAGCAUGCGUGCCACUGCUGUACCGGUCCAAAUUCUGGAUCAUUUACGACAAACCCGACUUUUUGUCGCUGGGCGUGCAUUUGGAAGAGAUGGGGCGCCUCCAUGCGAUCUUGACGGCGAUCGACGGUCACGAGCGGCUGCACCCGACCGUCGUGCCCACGGGCCCUGUCGCCAAGACCCUCAAGACGUUGUGGACGCCGGUGCUCCGCGUCCACCGGCGUGCAGCGCGUGCCCGGCGCCAGCAUCUCUUGAAGUCGUCGCACUCGAGCUUUGACAUUGCCUUUGUGCGCCUCGAAGAAGAGAUGCUCGAGCUGUACGAGCAACUCAAGUACCACACGACAGACGCACUGCUGCACGCGUUCUACGCGGAUUUUGACAUUUGCUCGACGAGCAAGCUCAAGAAGCGCUCGGUGCGACGUCAUUUAACCCCAAGCGCGGGUGUCAGUAUGGUGCAUCUAGCUCGUUCAACUGCUCUGGACAUCACGGACGACCGCGACGCACAGUGCCAACGUGGUGCUUACGAUCGGCAGUGGCGGCGCCGUGCGCGCACCCGGCGGCAUCAACGCGAUCGAGACCAAGCGCCACUCGCGCAUCUGCACGGACCUUGCGUACACGGUGAACGCGGCCAUGGCGUCGCUUCAGAAGACGACGCCACUGCGCACGGUCAAGGCGCCACGCGUGGCCCAGGACCUCACGCGCGCGAUGGCGUACCAGAACCACCUCUUGGAGAUUCAGUUGGCCGAGUGCCAGCGCGAGUUGCUCCGCUGCCAGCAGCGCCUCGAGGCGGGUCGCAGUGAUGAGAGUCGCCCCGAGGAGCCGUCACCAGAAGCAGUUGAUGACCACAAAACCAAGACUUCGUCGUGCUACUUUGGCGCCGUCUCGAACAAUGCGCAGUCCAUUUAGACAUACUAGUAUGUAAGGCGAAGCGCAAGUCCCUUUCAUGUUCCUA